AUGUCAAACGAGAAAUGUCAAAUAACACCAAUUAUCUACUACAAAGGGUGUAAUAAGGCGCUAGCAUGGGAGUUUAAACAGCAGCGCACUAGUGCAGAUGUGUUGGAUGAUCGAGUGGACAAUUUGAACGUGCCAUAUACAUGGGAAAUAUUCGAUACUUUGUGUAUGGGUUACAAAGAGCCGCAUGGCAACUGCCGUUGGGAUAGUCCAUUGUUUGUAGUGUUUCCCGAUAAUGCGCUUAUUUUAGAGGCUAUCUAUGGCGCGCUAUACGAGUGGAAAACCCUGCCAGCAAAUCAAAGCACACAAUAUCCACCACUAAGCGCUACAAAUUAUCUUUUCGAGCUGGAUAAGUUAACGCAACAAAUUAUAGCCGACGCCUUGGCUGCACGAAAAAUUGGGAACACCGGUCCAGUGCCAGUGAAAGCUAAUCAGGUGAAAGUAGAAGUUCCGGCGGCCAUAAAUGCUAUUCAACUGAAUCGGCUACGAAGGCAAUUUCUGAAUUAUAGUAAAUUGCAUCAUGCGACCACUAGCACAUUGGACAAAGUGCCGCAAUUGUUUGUACAAUUUUUAAAUUCAAAUUGUAAUGAAUAG